CUAACUCCGGUGACCUCUGCCUUCAACCACAUUCUCCUCACUCCUUCGGUCCAGACAACGCCCACCAAUCUAUCUUCCGUCUUGGUUCUUGAAAAUGAGAUCGCCUUGCAUUUGAUCGUCGAAUUCUGCCAUGUCAUUAUAAGACUGCACCCCUUGACCCCUACUCUAUCGUUGCUCUUCGACAUAUCUCUCCCCCCCGCGCCUGGGGCUAAUACGCAACAUGACUGCUUUCAAUGCAGUUCCUAUUACGCUCCCUUUGUUGAUGGGUACAAUCUUAAACUGGGCUCUUCUCGGUGCUCUCGUCGUUCAGAUAGCCAUCUACUUCAUCGCUUUCCCAAAGGAUGCUCUGCAUUCCAAACUGCUGGUCGGACUUAUUGUCGCCGCCGAAUCUCUGCAGACUAUGACCGGCACUCGGAAUAUCAUUCGCUGGUGUGGAGUCGGUUGGGGCCGCCCUGAAAUCUUGGAUGAAGUUGGAUUUGCCUGGUUUGAUACGCCAGUCCUUGGCAGUAUCAUUUCAUGCGCUGGCCAACUCUAUUUUGGGUGGCGCAUCUACAUCAUCAGCCGUAAGCUAUUCGUGCCAAUGGCCAUCGCCGUUGUACGCGCCAUGCAGCUCUUUGAUGACUCCCUAAAGUCCCAACAGAUCACCGUCUUUCAAAUGUCCAUGGGGAUCUGGACCGGUGUUGAGAUCAACCGCGCUGGGCAUUUCUCCAUGCUCCACUUCCGCAAGAUACCUGCAAUGUGGCUCGCUAGCACUGCUGCUUGUGACCUGCUUAUCGUCGCUAGCACUUGUUUCUACUUGCUUGUAGUUCGCACUCGUGGCCUCAACCCCACGACUGACCACGUUAUAUCACGCAUCGUCAGGAUUACCGCCGAAACAGGCUUGCUGUGUGCCAUCGCUGCGAUUGCUGACCUGAUCAUAUUCGCGACCUUCCCACAUCGUAACUUCCACCUUGCCAUUUGUCUCUGGUUGUCCAAAGUGUACUCCAACAGCAUCUUACUCAUACUGAAUUCUCGCGCCAGCAUCUCGCAUGGCUCGGUAUGCCAGCACGACACUGUGCAUUUGGGCAGGAGUCCAAGUGGAAUAUCGAGUGGACUAGUCUUCGCUGGUAGCUAUAAUCUUUCCGGCGCAAGCACUCCUACUGCCCACUUUAAUCCAACCCAAUUUAAUCCACCUUGUCGUUUCCGGGAGAACAGUCAAGACCCAACGGGAUAUCCGCCGGAUCAACCUUCGGUCAAAAUAGUUAUAGCUCUGUUGGCAUCACACGAACCUUCCCUUCGAACGACAACGACCUCCCGCGUCAUGUUCAGCACCACGACCAAGAAGACGCUCGUCUCCAUUGCGGGCACUCUCGGGGCCUAUGUCCUCUUCAAGCUGUUUCAGUUGCUCCAUCGCGAGUUCCACUCGCCUUUGCGGCUUCUCCCAGGCCCGAAGUCGACCAAUUGGAUAUUUGGCAACCUUCGUGAUAUCUUCAAGGCGGAAAAUUCAGUGCUGCAUGAGCAAUGGGUGAAAGAGUAUGGCUCUACAAUCCAGUACAAGAUCUUCUUUGGAGCACGGAGACUAUAUACUGUCGAUCCCAAGGCGCUCAACCAUUUCCUCACCAACAGCUACAUAUACCAGAAGCCAGAGCCGCAGCGCUUUGGCUUAUCGCGGCUCCUCGGACGGGGUAUCAUUGUUGCAGAAGUGCUGAUGUCAUUGCAGCGGAGAGUUAUGAACCCCGCAUUCGGCUAUCCUCAAGUUCGUGAAUUGACCCCGAUAUUCAUCGACAAGUCCAACGAGCUGCGGGAUGUAUGGGCUGCGGAAAUCCGCAAAUCUGAGAAUGGUGUGGCGCGCAUCAACGUUCUGUCGUGGUUAGGCAAGGCGACUCUGGACAUCAUUGGGCUCGCAGGUUUCAACUACCACUUCAAUUCACUGGCCUCCGAGGAGGAGAGCGAGCUCGGCAAGGCGUUGAACGUUAUCUUCAGCAGCACAGGUCACUUCAACGUGCUUGCGCUUCUGCAGAUCCUGGUUCCUGCCUUCCGAGUUGUGCCAACAAAAGUCGAUAGCACGAUGGACGGCGCGCAACAAACGAUGAUGCGUAUCGCACGGGAGCUGCUGCAGGGCAGCAAACAGGAAAUGGCCGACAGUGGGACGUUUGAGAAGGGCUCUGGGCCACGCUCAAGAGAUUUGUUGUCCUUGCUGGUCCGUGCCAACACUGCGAAGGAUAUUCCGCCUAGUCAGCAGCUAUCUGACACAGAGGUUAUGGCUCAAAUUCCGACGUUCUUUUUGGCGGGGCACGAAACGACUAGCACGGCAACGACAUGGGCUCUAUUCGCGCUGACCCAGAACAAAGCGGCACAGACGAGACUGCGGGAGGAACUCCUCGCUGUCCCAUCAGAGUCGCCCACAAUGGACGAAAUCAAUGCAUUGCCGUAUCUCGACUGCGUUGUUCGAGAGACAUUGCGCAUUCAUGCCCCAUUGCCAUCCACAGUCCGUGAGGCCACCCAAGACGAUGUGGUCCCACUCGAAACUCCGUUCACGGACAAAAACGGCGUUGUGCACGACACUAUUCGUGUUACUAAAGGACAGACAAUCAUGAUCCCAAUUCUUGUGAUGAACCGCGACGAGCGGGUUUGGGGCCCAGAUGCUCGAGAAUUCAUCCCCGAGCGAUGGGAAAGGGAAACCAUAUCCAAUUCCAUCCCCGGCGUCUGGGGACACAUGCUCACAUUCUUAGGGGGUCCACGAGCAUGCAUCGGCUACCGUUUUUCCAUUGUCGAGACCAAAUGCUUACUUUUUGCUCUCGUGCGCGCAUUCGAGUUUGACUUGGCUGUUCCUCUUGAAGAUGUUGCAAAGAAAACGAGUGUUACGCAGCGGCCGUAUCUGAGGAGCGAGCCAAACGCAGGUGGCCAGCUGCCACUGCUCAUUCGCCCCUACGUAGCCCAAUAA